AGCAAAUGCCCAACAGCAGCUCUGUGAGUGAGUUCAUCCUGCUGGCAUUUGCAGACACACGCAAGCUGCAGCUCCUGCACUUCACGAUCUUCCUGGGCAUCUACCUGGCUGCCCUCCUGGGCAACGGCCUCAUCCUCACCGCCAUAGCCUGCGACCACCGCCUCCACACCCCCAUGUACUUCUUCCUCCUCAACCUCGCUCUCCUUGACCUGGGAUCCAUCUCCACCACUGUCCCCAAAGCCAUGGCCAAUUCCCUCUGGGACACCAGGGCCAUCUCCUAUCAGGGGUGUGCAACACAAGUCUUCUUUUUAUUCUUCUUGGUUGGUGCAGAGUAUUCCCUCCUCACCAUCAUGGCCUACGACCGCUAUGUUGCCAUCUGCAGGCCCCUGCACUACAGGAGCCUCUUGGGCAGCAGAACUUGUGCUCAGAUGGCAGCAGCUGCCUGGGGCAGUGGCUUUCUCAUUGCUGUCCUGCACACAGCCAAUACAUUUUCACUACCCCUCUGCAAAGGCAAUGCUGUGGACCAGUUCUUCUGUGAAAUCCCCCAGAUUCUCAAGCUCUCCUGCUCAAAUGCCUACCUCAGGGAAGUUGGGGUUCUUCUGGUUAGUGCCUGUUUAGGUGUUGUUUGUUUUGUUUUCAUUGUGGUGUCCUACGUACAGAUCUUCAGGGCUGUGCUGAGGAUGCCCUCUGAGCAGGGCCGGUACAAAGCCUUUUCUACGUGCCUCCCUCACCUGGCUGUGGUCUCCCUUUAUCUCAGUACCGCCAUGUUUGCCUACCUGAGGCCCCAUUACCUCUCCUUCCCAGCUCUAAAUCUGGUAGUGUCAUUUCUGUACUCAGUGGUGCCUCCAGCAGUGAACCCCCUCAUCUACAGCAUGAGGAAUAAGGAGCUCAAGGAGGCACUGAGGAUGUUAUUGCAAUAUUCAUUAUUUCAAUGAGGAACGCAUCUUCUGCAUGUAAUUCCCUGAAAUAUACCUGGAGAAGGCAGAAACAUCUUUGUUCAUAUAGUUCAAAAACUGUUCAUCCUGUUCAAUAUUAUUCUAAUAUGCUACAUAUUUUUUUUUAUAAUUUUAUUUUAUAAAAUUAAGAUAUUUUUCUUCCUCUAACUUCUUCUACCUUUUCUUCUAACC